AUGCUCGGGUUACCUUUACUCGUCCUCCUUUUCCACGUGAAAUUAUCCCACUCCAUCAAUUGUGAACUCAGCUUUCGGCCACAACUGGCCAGGAGUACUCAGCUGCCCCAGUCCUAUUCAAAAUCACCUUCAAAUUCCUCCAACACCGCCCAACAACCCGUCCUCCAAUCUGGUGAGAUUAUGCGCUUUCUAAUAAACUGUUCCUGUUGCAAUGGAACUGCUUCAAUCGCUGAAAAUUUCUCAACCCCAGGAGCUCUUUUCUAUCGCAUUUUUGCUGAGAAUCGCUACUCUACGAUCAUCAGCCGACAGCCUAAUGUUGAUCCAGUCAUCCGAAGUCGGUUUGAAUCUGCAGGGGACAUGUCCACCAAGUACGAUGAGUGUAGAAACUACCCUCUGUGUGCAGUGCUCUACACUCCGGUGAGGAGCAACGAUCAAGCCAUCAACUACCCCUUUUGGGUGGAAGCAAACCUAAUUGGUCGCAGUGCAAUUCGGGUGGAAUUAGUAUGGAUCAAUGCAACACAGCGCGAACGGCCCGACGAUAUUCCUCUACCCUCAGCAUUGGGGGAGAAGGAAAUUCGGAAGCUGAAGAAGAGCAGCAUAGACCAGAGACACAAACAAUUCACCUUUCGGGUAGUUGAGCAGGGCAGAGUGGCAGGGGCACUCAACGCCACUGCCUCAUAUGUCACUGUGUUUCUGAAGCCUCAGCUUUUCUAUACGAUCUUUGAUUGGUCCGUCUUCUUUGUGGCGGGCACUAUUGCACUCUCGGCUGGAUGCAGUACCGACCCACGGACUUUUUGGCGUCAAAUGAAACGAAAACCCCUGGCGGUUGCAAUGGGACUUAUCAUUCAUCUUUUCAUCACUCCACUGAUCGGCCUGGUCUCGGGGUACGCAAGUUGCCUCUCACCGGAGAAGACCUAUGGUCUGUUCAUCACUACCGCUUUGCAAGUCGGCACCCCCGGUCUAGUAGUCAUCUCCCUCUCCGACUGCCACGAACAAUUCGCUCUAACUCUCGCAAAUCUAGCCAACAUUCUGAAUCUCGCUACCGCGCCUCUGUGGGUACAUACGGUGGGAACCUACGUCUUCAAACAGCCAAUACUCCUGCUUCGGUUCUGUGGCUUAAUCACUCUGGUGGCAUUAGUACAAGCUCUCGGUUUCCUAUUGCGUUAUGCGCGCCCCUCGGUCGCUAAUGCCGUAGUAACUUGGUUCUCCAGGCCCUUUCUGCUCCUCGCUGCCAUUCUCUUCAUCACCCUCGGUGUCUACAUCAACCAGUACGUCUUCCAGGCACCUCAACAAAUCACCUACCUUCAACACGUCAGCCUAGCACUCCUUUUCAUGCUCACCACAAGUUAUGCUUGUGGUUGGCUAGCUGGUCUCAUUCUCAACCUGAGAGUACAGCGGAGUCGAGCGCUAGCCAAUCAAUUGUCCGUCUACCAAGGUCUUCUCGCUAUUCCCCUUCUACGAAUUUGUGUACCCUCUCCCGAAGGUGAACUUGCCUCCGCUACAGCCCUUUGGACCGUCUUCCUAACACCCGUUCCCCUCGUCUACAAUGCAGUCCUCACGUUUACUAUUCGAACUAUCAAGUCCGCCUACAAAGCGCACAAAGUGCGAAUGCAAAAACGCGGUCCCACUGCUGUUCUUUGUGCUGAUUCCCUAGCAGCGGUCGCCUUCACAUCCAUGUUACUGCCGGAGACGACAGAGCACAAACACAAGAGCGCGACUACCAACAAUGAGAUAUUAUUUGAUGAGGCUUCAAAUAGUACCAUCAAUACUGCUCCUGCAAGUCAACGGCGAUGCAAGAGCGCUACUGUGAGACCAACAGCUUCCGCUGUCUUCUCCCUCAAAGAUAGUGUUAGCGACGUGGAAAAUCGUGAAAGAAUUUUGGAGGCUCUGGCACGCAAGGGUGGUGUUAAUGUGAGCGAGAAGAAGGGAAGGAAGAAUGGUGGAGGGAUACCAAGAACACCGCAUCAUCAUCCCAGAUCAAUGGACGAUGGCUGUAGCAUUCCGAGUGCGUGGGGUGGUGCAAUCAGUUGUGGCGGUGGGGGAGGAGGCGGAGGAGGCGCAGCAGUGCCGCUGGCACCACCACCGCCCUCGUCUAAACCGAUCUUUUGA